AUGCCUCCCAAAAAGUCCACCGCUACCGAGGGCGAGAACGCCAUCGUCUCCCUCCCUCACGGACGCCGAGACCAAAGUGCUCGAGAUCGCCUUCGCACAAUCUCCAAGAAGCCUGCCGGUGUGAAGAAGACGUCCAUCAAGAAGAAGGGCGUCGCGCGGCGCAAGAAGAAAUACAAGAAGGACGAGUCCUCGGGCUCUGAUAUCGAUGAGGACAUCUCGGGCAAGCUUGAGUCUGACACCGAUGGCGAAGCUGCUGCCAAGGCGGAGCUCGGAGCUCCACAAACCCGAUAG